AUGGCUCUCGCUCUUUUCGUAGUGUUUCUGACGAAUUUGUAUCCAGUGACUGCGAUGAAGUGUCACGAAUGCAAAGGCGCAACUAUGGUUCCGAAGGAUGUAGCUGACAAAAUUGCUUCGUUGAAUCUGUCGGACACAACUCAGGUUAUGGGCGAUUGUGAAGCAAAUGAUGCCUCUAGCAUGUGCACCGAAGGAGCGUACUGCACCAAGAAAAUCAUCAAAUACAUUGCCAGACUUGGACAGCAGAAUCUUGCCUGGGAGACUUACACAAAGGGAUGCGCUGAUGUUCGUGAAGACAAUGGAGAGGUGCCGGAUAUUCAGUGUUACGAGAUUGAACCAAAAACAUUCAAGGACUACAACAAGACAGAAACGCACUGCUACUGUAAGGACAUUUUCUGCAAUCAUUCAUCCCCAACAUCAUUAUAUUUUGCGAUAUACAUUGUUCCAUUUGUUCCAUUGUUAUCAUUUAUCAAGUAA